CUUGGAUCUAUUUUCAUUUAGAUGCUCUCCAGAACUGGAAGAUAUGCCUCCGGAAUUCACGGCCGCCGCUGUAAAGUGUGGACCGAACGUCACCGCAGUGCUAACCGCUUGCGGAAGGCUUCUGGUAGCUGGAAGCAACGACAGCAACAGGUUGGGCCUGGACACUUGGACUCUAUUAGGAAGACGGAGAACAAAUCAUGCUCCACGGCUCACGUUGGUACGCUCGCUAAAGAAAUGGAAACUAAAGAGCGUUAGUUUCGGUCGCAGCCAUAGCGCAGCGUUGACUUGCGAUGGCCGAGUCGUGACGAUGGGCAGUAGGACUGACUGCCAGCUGGGUCACAACUGCGACCGCUGGCCCGCUCCAGUCGACAAGAUGGCUCUCAGGGUCAUAACUGGUAAUGAAAUUAUCGAAAAUUCAAGAAUUUCUAUGUCAACUCUUGAAACCCAAGUCGUAGUGGAACCGCAAGAGGUGUUGGCGUUGUACUGUUCUGAAAAACAGAUUUCCGACGGUCUUACUGUCACUGUAAACUCGAUCUACACUCAGUGGCAUUGCGUCUUUCUCCUUGUUGACACAACUGCUCCGUACAAGAAGUCUGAAGAAAGUACAAAAGAAGUAGCCAAAGAGGAAGAGCAAGGAGAAGACUUCGACACCCUUGGGCCUGUUCCCGAUUGGAUCAAAGAAGAGCUAGCGAAAGCUACGCACAGUUGGCCUGGCAAUGAUAUCAAAGCCUAAUUGAUCUUGGUUAAAGUUAGUUUAACUACAGAGUUGGUCUAUUAUUUCCUGUCUGUGAACCAGUAGCGAAUCCACGAUUUAAUUUUAUAUAUAUAUUUUUAUUAUUUUUUUUCCUGCUGGCAUUACAGACCAAGUAGAUCUCCCCCCUCCCCUUAACAAGUCUGCUCCAUCUCUGCCUGUCGUGGGCUAUUUCUAUACAAUUAUCUGAACGCAGCUCUAUUAAACCUUUGUUGAUUCUAUCUAUCCAUCUGCUUUUUGACCUUCCACGUGGUCAUCUACCUUCUAUUGAGGAUUUCAUUGUUUUGUAGAGGCUUCCAGAUGGAUUUCUACGAGGUACAUGUCUUGUCCAUUUUAACCUCUGUCUCUUCAUAUCAUGGAUAUUGAUUGACCAGUCUCUGAAAGUAAUACUUUAUUGGUCAUUUAUAAAACCUUAAUUAUUUGGAAAGAAACAUAAAAACCAACCAUCUAUAUGAAAUAGUGUUUAAGUGAUUUUUGAAGUCCAAUUAUAACAAGUUGUUCAUUUCUUAACGUAUAUUUAUUUUAUUCUCUUUCUCACAAUUCUCUUUAGGCAAGUCAAUUGUAGGAGGAUAACAGAUAUUAAAUAAAUAUCAAAGAAAUUGGCGUCUUUUUACAUUAUAUCAUGGAGGUCUUGGCACUGGUAGGUCCUUGUGAAGGAGGAUCCAUAUUUGUCUCUGUAAGUGAUCUUCACUCCUUUUUAAUUAUAAUGUAAAUAUAGCUACCAAUUAUAAGCAUGUGUAAAGUAAAAGAUAUAAACAAAUUUAUCAGUAGCAGCAUUAUUAUUUUUUUUUUUCCUUCAAUGGCCACUUAAAUAUUAUUUUACAGUUUAGGUACCGUUGAAAAAUAAAAUAAAUAGAUAAAAUAAAAUUUAAAAAACCCACAUAGGGCCUUGGUGUCUUUUAUGCAAUCUAUUAAAGGUGUAGAUGAAAUAUUAAAUACUAUCUUAUAUGGUUCACUUAAUGCAACAAAAUUAUAAAGAAAGGAGAUGUUCUGUGAUCAAACAUCAAAUAAUCAAAUAUCGGUACCGAAACUUUUCCCUUACAACUUUUCAAGUUAAGAAAUUACAAAAUUUUGUUUUCUAAAAAAGCAUGUAUUCAUUUAAGGGUUCUCUUGAUUUUGCCAAAAAUCCUUUCUAAAAAUGAUUUUUAUUCUUAGCAACUCUUUUAACAACACUUCACAACAAAGGGCACACUACAUCAAGUAAUUAUAUAAAUUACAAUUCUAAUCUAAGUUCGAUCAGGUGUGCCUAGAAGGUGGCUUCAUUGCACAAGUUGCGAAAUCGAAAUUGUUGAAGGGGAGAGGGGGGGUGGCAUAUUUUGAAUUUUUGAGCGGGACAAAUUUCUAUGGAGUUAUGAAUUUUCGGACUAAGCCACAAGAGGAAGACAUGGUACAAACCGCAGCAAGUGUAAUUGUAUAUGAUUUCUAAUUUUAUAAUUUUAUCUUAGCUUGCUCUGUUUUAAGAAAAGGGGAGCAAUGGAAUAUCUUUGGAAGAGGAAGGGGGGUAGAAUCAUGCGCUUUCAACCGGAGGAAGGGAUUGGCAUAUCUGAGCUCGAUUAUUGUUUAUUUCUCAUUUAACGCAACUUUUGUUUAAGGACAUAAAUAAAUAAAAUUCUUAUAAAUAACUACAGUUCUUUAAAACUGUUGAAGUGGACUUUUGAAAUCAGAUCUAUAAAAAUUUCAACGCCUCCUGUGAAAUGAUUGCACCAACUAAAUAGAUCAUAAACUAUAAAUACGUCGUUGCCUAAGUAAAUUUACACUUCCAGUUUUAAUAUAUUUUAUUUAAAUAAAAAAGUAACUUACAUCAACAAUAAUUUGUUUUUUAAACCCUAACCUAAUAAGAAAACUUCAAAUUUUAUUAUCUUCCUUGUUGUUGGCUGUGUGCUGCGUGGUGUUGUCAUUGCUGUUGUAGUCCUCGGUGUUGUUCUCCUCGUGGUUUGCCUCACCGUUGUUCUUCGUGUUGUAGUUCUUUGUGUAGAAGUUCUCUGUGUCCUUCUUGUUGUAGGCCUUUGUGUUGUUCUUUGAGUAGUUGUCCUUCUUGAAGUUGGUCUUGUCGUUGGCCUCUGCGUCGUUGUAGUUGUUGUCGUCGUCGUUGUGGUUACAUUCGGAAAUAUUUCAUGAAAUGGAAACUUGAUGAAAAUCUUGUUCAAGAUAUCUAAUCCAAAUCUUUCCAGAUUUUGUUCGAGAUCAGGUAAUGAGUCUUCAUAAAGAAGAGGCCAAAAUCUGUUAGUGAAUCCGACAACCAUUUUACCUGUAAAUAUAAGGCAUUUAAAACUGUAAUUAAUGGAAUAUAUACUAAUUAAGAGAUUUUGUAACAAAAUAUUUAACAAAGUAUUAUUUAU